GAAUAAGAACAAAUUGUGCUUACCAAAUGCUUUCAGUUCAUUUACUAAUUGUAGGAUCAUAAUAGAUUGUACAGAAUUUCCUACUGAUGUAACUAGAAAAUCUAUGGUUAUUCAGAAAUCUACUUAUAGCAAUUAUAAACAUUAUCAUACAUUAAAAGCUUUAAUAGGGGUUGCUCCAAAUGGGGUUGUGACAUUUUGUAGUAAUCUAUUUCCAGGCUCAACCUCUGAUAAAAUUGUCACUUUACAUAGUGGUUUAUUUGCACAACUAGAAGAAGGAGAUUUGAUUUUAGCCGACAAAGGGUUCUUGAUUAGAGAUAUUUUGCCACCUGGGGUCCAUCUAAAUAUACCACCAUUUCUUGAUACACCACAAUUUACUAAAGAACAAAUUUAUUUAACUGAAACUAUCGCUCGAGCUCGAAUACAUGUUGAACGUGCCAUACGUAGAAUUAAAUGUUAUAGGAUUUUAAAUCAUAUUCCAACAUUAUUAUUGCCUCACAGUGAUUGUAUUUUUAAAGUAGUUUCUGCUCUCACUAAUUUAAAAUUUCCUUUAAUCAAAGAAAUUCAAGAUAAAAUGUGA